AUGGCAGAAUCUAUUUGUUCAUGCUGCAAACUUCUGGGAAAACCUCCAGGUCAAAUAAAUUUUAUCAUCACAACAGGCGUACCGCACAGCUUGGUGUAUGAUCGUAUCGAAUAUUUACUUUCAAAUUAUUCAGAUACAUCUUCAUACACAAAUGAUGCUUGUCUGACAAGUUAUGAAACAUUGAUUAGUCUUAGUGAUCGAAUAUUUAAUAUUAAUAAACAUCUAUCCGACCAAUCGACAUCAACUGCCACACAUAGAUGUUGUAAUGGAUUCAAUACAAUACCAAUUGAUAUUGAUGAUAUAUCAAAUCUUUCACAACUGGAUACAUUCCGAAAAACUAUUCUUGAACUAUUAGACCCAACCAAUAAAGAAAAACCUAAAGUAUCAAGUUGGAUUAUGUUGCAUGGAUCAAUUUGUUUAGAACCGGCCUUCCUAGACAUAUUUAUUGAACUCAGUAAUUUCAAACCAUUAUUAUUAAGUUUCACGUUUACUACACUUUGUUUUCUUGUCAACGAAGAAAGACUCUUCCAAAAUUGGCUUUUUCAAAGCCUAUCGAUUCAAGAUUAUCAAUCACAUACUUAUCCUGAGUACGAUCAUCGACUAAAGAGUUUCUUUUCAUUAUUGAAUUCAUCAAAAUAUCUUCAAGAAAAUACAUUACUUGUUGAAGAACAAAUUGUCUCAACUGAUAGUACGCUUCAGACAUUGUUGCAAGGUAUUUUCCGUAAUGAAUCAUCAAAGUAUGGAGCAAAUAAUGACAAACUUCGUUUUGAUAUGGCAAAACUACUAUUACCAUCCCGACGAACGGUACGUGACAUACGUGAUAUUCGACAAAAUUUACAAGGUUCUUACCAUCGAAUUGUCUCGAAUCGAUUAGAACCAAUUUUUAACGACCUUCAGAAUUCAGCUACAGCUACAAAUGCUGCUCGUCAAAUCGUUCGUAUUGUUCUUGACGACUUCAAACGUAUGAACGACGAAGAACUACGCGUUUAUAGAAGACAAAUGACCCUUGGAUUUAAUAACCAUGGUACAAAACAUACAAAUACAAUUGCUGCUCAAUUAGUUCACUAUGCUCUGCAUUUACUUAGAAAUAAUAAUGAUGAUACUCUAACACCCCUUAUCUAUGCUAUCAUUUUAGUUAUAUGCGUAUUAGGUUCUCAUUUUUUCUUUCGGCAUGAAUUAUUUAAUCAUACUCCUGAAAUAUACACAUUGAGUUUAUUACUAGUCAAUCAACGACACUAUCCAUUAACCUUAGCUGGUCUUCGUCUUUGCAAAACUAUUCUAAAUGGUGAUCAAAACGAACAUAAAUAUGCAAUUACUUAUUUAACUCAUGAUGCCUUAACAGCGCGCAAAAUUUUAGAUGCAAUCAAAUGGAUUUUAUCUCCAUAUCAAACUCUUAAUAUCUUAUGGCGAGAAGAAGACGAAGAAGAAGAAAAUCCCGAUGAUUCUAAAUCAACUGAAGAAAAAUCCACGCUACAUAUUGCAGAACGCUGUUGUUUUCGUCAUGCUACCAUUCUCGUUGAACGAUCGUUUAUACGCAGUUUAGCAUCGUUAUUUUAUGGUUCAGCAGAUCAUUGUAUACAAGUGACAGUAGACGAUGUCGAUAGCUUCGUUGAAGUUAUGAAUGUUUUAGUUGAGCCUCGCAUUGCUUGUAUUAGUCAUGGCAAAAAUAGACUUUGUUCAAGUUUGUUUCUUGUAAGUGAAAUAUGUGCUCUUUUAAUGCCCAUUCUUCUUCACGGAAAACCAUUAGUUAGUUUGGCAUUACAAAAUGAAAAUGCUUUAUUACUAACUAUACCCAGAGCUAUUCUAGGUUUGCUCAAAACAAGCAAUAUUGAUGAAGAUAUUAUCAAUACGUGCAUUCGUUUCUAUGUGCAACUGGUUCAAUCAAAAUGCGAACAAGAUAAACAAGAAGAUAAUUCAGAAGAUAGUGAAGAAAUGCAAACAUGUACAGUUGAAGCAAUUGAACAGAGUGUUGACGCAUUUGCUCCUUUAAAUCUUUCGAAAAAUUUAAUUUCAUCAUAUUUUGACUUGAAUAAAAAAAUCCAAAAAAUAGGUUUACUUGAUGAAAAAUCUGCGCAACAAGAACAUAUUCAAACAUUAUUUAAUGAUGAAUGGAAAAAAUUGGAGAUUCUUGAACUUCAACAUGAUUUUAAACAACUUAAACAUGAACAAACCUUACUGAAUGAGGAACUAUUGAAAUUAAGAAAUGAAUUGCAACGAACUCAAUUAGAGAGAGAUCAAUUUAGAAAAGAGAAUACAAGAAUGUCUCAAGAAAUCGAUAAUCUUAAACAAGUGCCAAUGACUAAUAAAACUAUUGAAUUAAAACAGAUAUCAACGGCAACGGCCGUUGAUAUCUGUAAUCAAAAUAAUACGAUAGAUGAAUUAGAAAAUCGAGCGCCACAUGAAGCCACUAGUGAACAAGCAGAAAAAUUUAUUCGAGAAAUUUAUCAUCGACGAACAACAUUCAAUGAUAAUGAUAUGAGAAAAUCUAUUUGCGGCUCAUUGAAACAUCUUGGUUCUGAUCUCUAUAGUUCACCUGUACAUUUUUUACAUGAACUCAUUCAGAAUGCUGAAGAUAACUUUUACGAUGCCACAGUUAUGCCAUGUUUACGUAUUGAACUUAAUCAUACUUAUAUACUUUUAUCAAACAAUGAGAAAGGUCUUCGAGCAAAAGAUGUAUUAGCUAUUUGUAGUUUAGCUGUAACUACGAAGACAAGUGAAAAACAAGAACACAUUGGUGAAAAAGGUGUCGGUUUUAAAUCUGUGUUUGCUGCUUCAAAUCAGCCCAUGCUUAUUUCACAUGCUUGGCAAUUUCAUUUUCAAGUACCAGGUAUUGAUGCUAUGUCAUAUAUAACUCCAUUAUGGAUAACAGAUCAAGAUAUUCCAAAGUGUAUAUCUAAUCACAUUACCACAGCCGCACAACAUACUCAUCUUUAUUUACCACUCAAAUUACAAGCUUAUACAGCUGAAGCUAAAAUUUUUCUUGACCAAGUUAUCAAAGCUGUAGAUCCAUGUAUUUUACUUAAUAUGCGUCAAUUGAAAAAACUUGAAAUUGUUGAUCAAAGAGACAAUAAAGUAACAACGAUCGAAAAACAAAUCAUCGGCCCAACAAAAUUAGCAGAACAAGCAAAUGUAAUAUUUGAAGAUUUUACAUUUCUUAAUCUUACAGGAUCUAUUAUUCGAUUACAUACGACAGUAGGAUACAAUACAUUUCGUGUGUAUACUUGCUACAUCGAUGUACCAAACUCAAUUGAACAGCGAGGCUCUCCAAUAACACGACUUAUUAUUGCAUUUCCUUGCGAACAUAAUUAUAAUUUAACAAGUACAGUUUAUACAGGUUUACCUGUUUGUGAUCUUGGUUUUAAUUUUUUAUUCAAUGCUGAUUUUCAAUUGGUUACUAAUCGAGAAAAUGUCCGAGAAAACGUCCGAUUCAAUACAUUUAUUCGUGAUCAUCUAUCAGCACUUUUUGUCUAUCUCUUACUCAAUGAUACAGAUUUAAGACAAGAUAGUAACCGAUUCUGUCCAACAUCAAAUACACAUCUAGGAAAAAAUUCAUCAUGGUGGCACGUCAUGAUUGAUAAUAUUGAUGAAUUAAUAACUAGACAUCUUUCAAUAUUAUUUGAUAUUGAAAAAGGUAAAAAGAUUCGUUAUUUAAAUAAAGAUUUAGCCUCACUUGUAUCCAAUGAACAAUUAGAUAAUUGUGCUAAUAUUUAUGUGGUCGAUCCAGAAAAUUCAUUUUUUACAUUGGAACGUUUAAAAUCUUUUCAAGUUCAAUCAGUAACAAUUAUAGAUAUUUUAAAUUGUUUUCCACGUCGAGAUGAAACAUCUGUAGAUGAAUUUCGUCAACAAUUUCGAUUAUGGGCUCAAAAACAAGAUGAACAAUGGUGGUGUCAACUUUUUUAUCAUUUAACUCAAAUCAAGCCAUCGGAAAUUGCUAAUAAUAUCUUAGAAAUAUCAAUUUUUCUCCUCGAAAAUGAUCAUCAAAGACAAUAUUUAACAAAUAAAAAUUUACUUCUCUUCAUUAGUGAUCAUCCGCAAUUGCGAAUGUGGAAAAGACAACUUACACUUUUACAUUAUUCAUCGAAAUCAGAAAGAACUGCACUUCUCGCAUCAACUCAUGUACAACUUCUUACCGAAGAACGAAUGAUUGAGAUUAUUCGUCAGCAUCAUAUAGAAUUAACCGUUUCAUCUGCAGUUAAUACUUCCGAUAUUAAAUUAAUCGAAGAGAUAUGGGAAGAUCUAUCCUAUUUAAAAGUUCAUGUAGAAAGAUUAGAUAAAUCUAUUCCAUUUCUUGUACCAGUCCUGGGAACAUCAAGUCUUACUUCAAUUCAAAACGCAGUAUUACCUUCACUGUUCGGAAUCGAUAUUCGAUCUUUUAUGCAUCCAACAAGUUCAUCGACCAUUAUGUUUCCCUAUCAUAAUAUUUCUCAUUAUCAUCUGUUUGAUAUUCUUCAAUGGGAAUAUUUUCUAUUGGAAAUGGGCUGUCAACGAGCAUCAAUUUAUCUUCCAGAAGCUCAUUCCAUUACGGAAUUACCACUAUUACCAAUAUUAGCAAUGUUUAGCGAUAAAAAAUAUGCUCGACUAGGAGAACUAAUUCUUUCAUAUCAAAAUCAAAAUACAAAAGAUUGUCUUAGUCAAUUUCCAAUGAUUGAUAAUUCAAAAGUCGAACAACAAAUAAGUCGUGUUUCAGCUACAUUUGAUGAAAUAAUUGUUCAUGAUCUACCAUCUUUACCACGCAUCACUAUUCCAUCGUAUGGUCAUGUAUUAGCAAAAAAUCUUGGCAUUUGUGUUGAAUAUGACCUUCGUACAUGUGUAACUAUAUUACAAUUAUUAAGCAAUGAAAAAAAUACAAAUAUUGACUUGUAUAUUAAAUGGUUAAGUCAUUUACAAUUGUAUGUUAACCAACAACAUACUGAAUCGAAUUCAAAUGCUAUACUCCUAUCGUGUCAAUUGUAUUUUCCUGAUCAACAAAAUUUCUAUGCAUUAAACGAUCUUUUUAUUAUAUCGAAUCACGAAGAACAUCACAAUGGUACUGCAGUUGUUUCAAAAUAUCUUAAACUACAACUAAUUUCACCAUUAAUUAAUCAAAUCUAUUGGCAAUUUAAAGAUCUAUUUUGUUAUCUAGGUUGCUUAUCCACAUCGACAAUAAAUAUUAAGCAUAUUUGUACUACAAUAUAUUUGGCAAGCCGUGAUAAAGAUAAUUUUUUUCCAUUGGGCAAUUGUGCGACAACUCUAACAGAGAAUGGUAUGGAAAUGAUGAUUACUCUAUAUCAAUAUCUCGAAGGUUUAAUAUUAAGAUGUGUCCAAAAAAAUUCGUCAGACACUGAUUUAUAUCGUACAAUUGUAACAAAUAAACAUCCAAUAGCAACAUACGGUAGUCGAGAAGAUUUAGAAUGGCGUUUUAGUUUUACGUGUAAUUCCUUAUCAGAACGAUUAAAAAACUUGACUGGCAUCCAAUUGCAACGAAAGAAAAUCGGUCUUCUUACAAUUAAUCGACGAAUUAUAACAAAAACAUUUAAUGCAAUUAUUUACGCAUGUUUAGAAACGAAAAUUAUUCAUGAUUUAUCACAAGACGUUGAUAAACGUCAUUUUAUUUUACCGUUGAUUGCUCGUACAUGUCCAUUAGUAGUAGCAUCGUUUGGUAUUGAUUAUAUUGAACGGCGUAGUAAAAUUCUAUGGACACAUGAAAAUCAUAAUCUUGAGUUUACUCUCAAACAAUUAAGCGACAUAUUUCGUCACACUCUUAAUGAUCCAAACAUAGAAGUAAUCACAGCCAAAUAUGCCAAUGUAACUCUUCUUCUAUCCGAUUCAUGUAUAAUCGACACAAUCGAUGAAAACAAUGAAAAUGAAAUCAAUAAGUAUAGGGUAGGUAGGGAUUAUCCUUUUUGGAUAUUUAAUCAAACAAUAUUUCUUUGUACUGGCUAUGUAAAAGAUGAUACGUCAAAAGCAAUUAUUGCAAUUUAUGCUUUAACAACUCUAUUGCAUAAACGAAAGCAUGUACCAUUUGACGAAGCUAAAUCAAUUGCUCAACAAAAAAUAAGUACAUGUACAGCAUUUCGUUCUGAACACAUUUCAAAUGUUGCUAGUACAGAUUCAACGACCUAUUCAUAUAUUGAUUUACUCUUUCCGACGGAUCAUCAUUCUAUUGAAUCAAUGAUUAUAUCCAUAGGAAAAUAUUGUACUAUUGAACAAGAUCUUGAAAAAGUUACCAUGACUACAAUUGCAACUAAUCGAGUUGCUGACGAUGAAAUGUAUAGAAAUCGAGUGAAAACAUUGAAUCAUUUUCAUCAAAAUGUGAAAACGACUACGAUUUGGAAAGAUCCAUUGAUUGUCGAUGGGAUCGAACGAAUUCGUAUUGGUCAAUAUGCAGAACAUUUCUUUUUUGUCUAUCUACAAAAUCUUUAUGGUCCAAUAAACGUAACACAGAUAAACAACUGGCGUUCGUCAUCACGUCUGGCUAUUUAUCCACAAUAUAGACGUCAUGUAGAUGAUUCAGCUGGUUAUGAUUUUGAACUGCAAGAUACACAACAACUCUUUGCUCCUGGUUCAGGAUCAACAACAAAACAUUGCUAUUUUGAAGUCAAAGGAACUAGUGGAUCAUUUAGUGAAAAUCAUACCCGCUUUAAUAUCUCUCAAAAUGAAUUAAAUGUGUGUCAAUCUAUUGUAAACGAUCGGAACAGACGAGAUAAUGAAGCAUAUUUUAUUGUCAUUAUAGAAAAUUGUCUUGAUGCUGAAAAAAUCUCUUUCGGCACUGUUAUUAAUUGGAGUCAAAAUUUUCGUCAGUUGCAGGUCAUUCCUGAUAGCUAUCAGUGUAAAGUUAUUUCCUCGUCGUCAACAAACUCUAAUGAUUUCAGAAGCGAAGAUGCUAGAGGUUAUAAUAAUCGCCAGCAACAAGAACCAACGAGACCACGUGAUAAUAGAUCUAACUAUUCCACAACUCAAUUUGCACCGAUAAACAAUAGUAAUUCAGCGUCGAAUGAUUAUGCUUCAUCAAAUCGCUAUGAUCAACAGCAACAACGAACAACGUAUCGAGGGAGAGGUGGCAAUAAAUCUACAUAUACUCGACAGAAUUAUAAUAGAAAGUGA